AUGAUGAUACACAAACAUAUCGAGUUUGAAAGAGAUUGGGAAUCGAUAACGAAGGGGAUAACAAAGCUGAAACAGAUGAAUGACGAAGGAUCAGAGCCUCAACUCACAGCAGAACACUACAUGACGCUGUACACGGUUGUCUAUAACAUGUGUACGCAUAAGUGCGACUUGUCGAGACCAUGUAAUCAGUAUGCAUCUCAACAGCUCUAUCAAAAAUUCAAGGAAACAUGUGAAGAAUUUUACAGAGAGAUGAAUGUAGAACACCAUGUUUCAAUGAAUCAGUCUGAAGAUUUUAUUUUGCAGGAUGUUAUCAAAAGAUGGCGAAGCUAUAAAGUUAUAGCUCAGCGGUUGCUACUUAUCUUUCAGUAUCUUGAUCGCUACUUCGUAAAGAGUAGGUCACUUCCUAAGCUAAACGAAGUAGUUGAACAUUACAACUUUAGUGAUUUGGUUUAUGGGAAGGUAAGUUCUUAUGCCCCCAGAGAUGCUAUAAUUAGUCUUAUUGAUAAAGAGCGAAAGGGAGAGAAGAUUAAUAAAGAGCUAGUAAAGAAUGUGAUAAGUAUAUUUGUGGAAAUUGGAAUUGAACAAAUGGAUGUUUAUGAAAAGGACUUUGAAGCAUCCAUGCUAAAAGCUACCGGAGAAUACUAUUCUCGUCUAGCAUUGAGUUGGAGUUUAAAGGACUAUUCUGAUACAGAUUAUGUGUUGAAGGUUGAGGAAUGCUUGCGAUUAGAGAGAGAUAUGGCUUCACAUUACUUGCAUCCGAGUAGUGAGCAGAAGCUGGUGUUGAAAGUGCAACAUGAGCUGUUUAAACCUCUUGCUGAAAAGUUCAAACAGAAAGUUAUUAGUGAGGGUAAAAUUUUGGUUCAAGAUGCUGUAGAAAACAAUGCUAAAUCUUCCAAAGGGGCUGGAAUGCCGGAACAUGUCCUUGUCAGAAAUUUAAUCAAGCUGCAUGAUAAAUCUAUGGCGUAUAUCAAUGACUGCUUCAAAAACUACUGCCCCUUCCACAAGGCUUUGAAGGAAGCCUUUAUGGUAUUUUGCAAUAAAUCAGUUGGAGGAAGCUCAAGUGCGGAACUACUUGCACAAUUCUGUGACAAUCUCCUAAAAAAGGGAGGGAGUUUGAUGAGUGACCAGGAAAUAGAACAAACCCUUGAGAAGGUUGUUAAGAUGUUACUUCCUUAUCUUAGUGACAAAGACCUUUUUGCAGAAUUCUACAGGAAAAGACUUGCUCAUCGUCUCUUGUUUGAUCGUUGUCGUAGCAAGGACCAUGAAGUGAGAGUUUUGAUACAGAUGAAACAACAAUUUGGUGCACCUUUCACCUCAAAGAUGGAGUGUAUGGUCACGGAUUUGACAUUGUCCGAGGACAUUCAGAUGAGGUUUCAGGAACAUCUACAGAGUAAUAGUCCUAAUGUAAAUCAUCUGGGGAUGGAGUUGACAGUGACUGUUCUUACUAAUGGUUUCUGGCCAAGUUAUAAAUCAUCUGAUGUUUAUCUUCCUGAAGAGAUGGUGAGAUGUGUUGAAGUUUUCAAAGGGUUCUAUGAAACAAACACGAAGCACAGAAAGCUUACAUGGGUUUACUCAUUGGGAUCGUGCAACGUUGUAGGGAAGUUUGAGGCAAAACAAGUUGAAUUGGUUCUCCAAACCUAUCAGGCUGCUCUACUUCUACUCUUCAAUACUGCAGAUAAAUUGAGCUAUUCAGAAAUAGCAACUCGGUUAAACCUUAACCAUGAGGACUUGGUUAGAAUUCUUCAUUCACUUUCAUGUGCUCAGUACAAGAUUCUUAGUAAGACUCCAGAUACAAAGACCAUCUCACCGAAUGACGACUUCGAGUUCAAUUCCAAGUUCACACACAGAAUAAGAAAGAUCAAGAUCCCUCUCCCACCAGCGGUGGCGGAAGAAAGAAAAGAAGUAACCAGCAAUGUCAGCAAAGACAGGAAAUACGCUAUUGAUGCUGCAAUUGUCCGAAUUAUGAAGAGCCGGAAAGUUUUGGAUUAUCAACAAUUGGUAGCAGACUGUGUUGAGCGGUUGAAACAUAUAUUCAAGCCAGACAUUAGGCUAAUUAUGAUGCGAAUUGAAGAUCUUAUAAGUCGUGAUUACUUGGAGAGGGACAAGGAAAACUUGAACUUAUUGAAGUAUCUUGUGUGA